AAUUCAUAUUUUGAAUAAACUUCUAUUUGCGAAAAAGAAGAUUUAGCUGUAAUAGUAGUCGGUUCGAUAAAAUGUCAAACAAAUAAAAAAGAAGAAGAAUUGUACAAUUCUAAAUACCUUAUGAAAUUAUUUAUUUUCCAAUUAUUCAUUAUUGUUAAUUAAUCCGAUUCGUAAUUUUACAUAAUCUACAAUUAGAAGCACCCAAAAGUAUUGAUGUUAUAAAAUUAUAAUUAGUAACGAGGUGUAGUUUUAAAAAAUGCUAAAUGUAAGAUGAUAAAAUUGAAGUAUCAUCAAAAGUGGAGACACAGAUAUGAAUUUUGAUUAUAGUCGGUAAUAUAUUAGAAUGUAAUUGAAUUAUUUUAAUGUAAAAGUGUCGCUCAUAGGAAUCUAAUUGAAAUUAGGGUUAAAUAAAGAACAAAAACGUACUGAGUUAGUUGUUAAGAUGAACAUAGAAAACGAUAUACAUAAUCAUUAUCAACAACAUUGGUUUAGUGCCGGACUUGAGAAAUUCAAAUUGGAAGAUAGAUCUCGAGAAGAGAAAAUAGAAAUAACAAGACACGAAUUCCGGAGGUAUAUACAACAAUUGACGAGAAGCGAUGUAGGGAAACCGAAUUUACCAUUAAAUUUACCAGAAAAGUUGAUAAACCACGUGAAUCCUAUACUGAGAAACGGGUAUCGUACAGGUUGCAGUCGACUAGUGGCUCCUAGAAUGUGCGAAAUUGAUAAAUGUUGGAAACCUGCGUUACCAUGCGCUCGGCAUUGUAUAUUACAUAUAAUGUUGAAUCCGGAACAAUCUUUAUUUGAACAUUGUACUGCAAAGUUUUCUGAUAAUAGACAGUGUUCAACACCGGUACUCGAUAUAUUACAUGAACUACCGUUAUGUACUGAACAUGCCAGAAAAAGGGAUAAUUACAAAUUAUUCCAAGAAGGGAAACCGAAAAAAUUGAAAAGAAAAGUGAAAUUAUCGGCGAUGAUUAGACCACAAAAAAGAAAUAAAAAACGGAAAAGAUCUAGCGCGAAAUCCGAAGAUCUCAACAUAUCUAGUAACACAUUGAUAGAAACAUCUGCCAAAACGUCCAAUUCAGAUCCUGACGAUUUAACGGAAGCGGACUCUUCGACUUUGGAAGUCGAAGAUAUACAAAUGAUAGAUCAGGUUCUCGGUUUAAAUGGUGGCAAUUUGCAAACGCAACCGCAUCUAUUAGAAGAAAAUGACAUAAAUAACGUGUUAAAUACUAUACAAGUUGAUGAAUUUAACGACUUCUUUACAGUUAAUAGAAAUGGCGAAUACGAACCGACGCGAGAAGAAACCGAAGAAUUGGAAAAAGCUUUAGCUGCAGUCGAUAACGACGUAAAAUCUUUAGAGAAAUUGAGUCAAUCUCAGGGAUUGUUGGAUUCGUUAUUAGACGAGAACGCUUUGAACGAAACUUUAGUACAAAUACCGGAAAUGUUCCAUAACGGUUAUGCGAGUUGCGGCGGUAAUGCGGUUGCGCAAACGUCGUCGUUUCUUCUUCCCGUCGUCGACAAUCAAUCACAUUCCUAACGAUUCCCGAGGUAAUUUAUAGUACAAUGGAGUUUUUAAUUUGGUCGUCGAUCGAUUUGUAAGGGUCGCUUCAGUCACACAGUCAAUGUUUUUAUUUUAUUAUAGAGUGUAUGUUAUGGAAUUAAUUGUUUUAGGGUAAAAAAAAAUAUUUAUUAACUUGAAUUUAUUUAAAUUUAUCUCUCUGUAUAGCAUUUUUAUUUUAGUAGUAAAAUUUUAUACGACGACA